AUGGCAUCGGCGUACUAUGAGUUCUACCGCGGCUCCUCCAUCGGCAUGGCUUUGACCGACUCGCUCGACGAACUCAUCACGAGUGGCGCUAUCACGCCUCAGUUGGCUAUGAAGAUCUUGCAACAGUUUGAUAAGAGUCUUGCGGACACACUCGUCAAGCAGGUCAAGAACAAGACCAACCUCAAGGGUCACCUGCACACAUACCGGCUAUGUGACGACGUAUGGACAUUCAUAGUCAAAGACGCACAAUUCAAGAUGGAGAGCAACGAUAUCGUGCAUGCGGGCAAGAUCAAGAUCGUCGCAUGUAAGAAUGGCGAUCUUCUUGCGGACAACGCCAGGAAAUAA